UAUUAUUAGAAGCUUAAGGAUAGAGAAGAAGCUGUCUUGAUCAAAUUGCCCUUUAUAUUUCUCCCACUGCUUCUCCAAACCCUAUUCAGGUAUUCCAGAGACAUGGAGUUAAAGAAUUAUAGCAGCAGCAGCACCUCCGGCUUCAUCCUCUUGGGCCUCUCUUCCAGCCCUCAGCUGCAGAAACCCCUGUUUGCCAUCUUCCUCAUCAUGUACUUAGUCACUGUGGUGGGAAAUGUGCUCAUCAUCCUGGCCAUCCACUCAGACUCCAGGCUCCACACCCCUAUGUACUUCUUCCUCAGCAACUUGUCUUUCAUGGAUAUCUGCUUCACAACAGUCAUAGUGCCCAAGAUGCUUGUGAAUUUCCUCUCAGAGACAAAGGCUAUCUCCUAUGUGGGCUGCCUGGUUCAGAUGUACUUCUUCAUGGCAUUUGGAAACACUGACAGCUACCUACUGGCUGCCAUGGCCAUGGACCGCUAUGUGGCCAUCUGUAACCCACUGCGUUAUGCCACUACCAUGAGCCGCAGGCGCUGUCUCCUACUGGUGAUGGCCUCCUGGACAGUGUCCCACCUGCACUCACUCACCCACACAAUUCUCAUGGCCCACCUCUCCUUCUGUGGGCCCAACAUCAUCCACCACUUCUUUUGUGAUGUCCAGCCGCUGCUGAUGCUCUCCUGCUCUGACACCUCUGCCAAUGAGCUUCUGGCCUUCACAGAGGGCUCCUUUGUCAUCAUGAGUCCCUUUAUCUUCAUUAUUAUCUCUUAUUUCUACAUCACUCGUGCUGUCCUGAGGCUUCCCUCAGGGGGAGGAAGGUACAAAGUCUUCUCUACCUGUGGAUCCCACCUCACAGUCGUGGCACUAUUCUAUGGGACCAUAAUAUCGGUAUACAUUCGUCCCUCAUCCACCUACUCAGUGACAAAGGAUCGUGUGGUCACUGUCAUCUAUACAAUAGUCACCCCCAUGCUGAAUCCUUUCAUCUACAGCCUUAGGAAUAAGGACAUGAAACAGGCCUUGAGAAGCCUAACUAAAAGAACAGAAUAG